CUUUGUAAUUCGAUCUUGAUAGAGGAAUCGCAAUGGAUCAGAACUACGAGGAAAUUUCGACUGGAUUAAUAGAUACAAAGACAGAGACUCGUCGUGGAAGCUCCUUCCGCAGAAUGAUGAGAAGACAAAAUACGGGACGCCCUCGUGCAUCAAAUGAAAUUAUCGUUGGACCCAAGACAGUCGGUAGUAUGGGUGUGGAUAUAAACGAAAUUGCUGGGAUUCAGCAAGAUAUGAUCAAUUCUGACAACACUGAACCAAAACCUUGUUUAAACCGCUAUUAUUGGAUAGCCGUUAUUGCUGGUAUCUGUUGUCUCAUCUCCAUCGCGAUUGCGCUGCUUUUGUUCUUGCUCUAUUGCUCUUUGUUCCACAAACAUCUUAUUUCAUGGUAG